AUGGCGUCAAUUGAAGACGACGAUGAGAUACCACAGCUCUCCGGCGAUGCUCUUGCCGCGCUGAAAGAAUUUUAUGGCGAGCGGGAUGCACGACAAAAGCAGUUUGAGGAACUAAAAGGCCAAGCUGAGGAUGACUUCGAAGGGAAGUUGUCCAUGGACGCCUUCACGGAAGACUGGAAUGCAAGUCAAUUCUGGUAUAGCGACGAGACCGCUAUGGUGCUUGCGCGACAGCUUCUGGAUGGCGCGACAGAUGGGACAAGAAUAGCAGUCGUGUCUGCUCCGAGUGCUUUCAUCCAGCUGAAAAAUCUACUGAACUCUGGUGAAGUCAAGUGCCGGCCGCAGAUUAAAUUGCUGGAGUUUGACGAGCGUUUUGCCGUCUUCAAGGAGUUCGUGCGCUACGACUUCGAGAAGGCGAUCCAACUACCAGCUGAGAUGAAGGCCUCGUUCGAUGUCAUCAUUUGCGACCCGCCAUUUCUGAGUCAAGAUUCUGCCCUGACCGUGCGAUGGUUAGCGAAGUCAUGGACGCAAGAUUCUCUGCGUCUCAUUGUCUGCACUGGCGAGCGUAUGGAGAGCCUGGUCACAGACAAACUAUACGGGAAAGUAGGAACCAAGACGACGGAUUACGAGAUCAAGCACGCCAAAGGAUUGAGCAACGAGUUCAGAUGCUAUGCGAACUUUGAGUGCCCAUCGUGGAAGUGGGUAAAGUCAUGA